UAGCUAGUAGUGUCGCUGCUGAACACCUUGGAAAGAUGCCGAUAAUAAUGAAAGAUUAUCAGUGGACAGAGUCAGAAACUCGAUUAGACUUGAGUUUACCUCAGAAAGGAAUUAGAAGCAAUAAGAUUGAUGUAAUGGUCACAAAUCUCUAUGUAAAGGUUAACUACAGUCCAUACUUUUUUGAUGUUCACCUAAAACAUGAAAUAGAUGACUGUAAGACACGAGUGGUCAUGGCAGAUAAUACAAUUACAUUACAUCUGAUAAAAGAGGAACCUAUCCUAUGGGAAACCCUUGUUAAUCCUGCAUCAAAAGACUCAUCUAGAAGGAAAGAACUGGUGGCAGCUGCGUACAAAUAUCACGAGGAGAAAGUAAAAAGUGACACGGACAAGAGGGCAAAUGUCAAAGCAGAGCAAAAUAAAAUGGCUUUGAGGACAGCCAUGGAUGUAGAUUCGGGUGAAAAGGAAAGAAUAGAAGCAGUAAAGCAAGCAGAACGAGAUAAAGUGGCCAAGGAGAUGGACGAAUGGCAGAACCUUGAUGAUGAUGAGAAAGAGAGACAAUACUUGAAGGCUAAUAAAACUCGAAGGCAACCAGAGGAUUUAGAGACAAAUGCAAGUGAAGACCACACAACCGAAGAUGUCAGCAACGAUACUACGAUAGUUUCCGACUCAGAAAAAUCAAAAUCUACUGUUGCAGAGGACAAUUUAUCUCAUAAUGAAGCCGAUGAACGAGCCAGAAAAUUUGAAAAGAUUAAACACAAUUUAGCAAAUCCUUUGAAGUCAGGCAAAGACAAAACAAAAGCUGAGAAAAAGCCUAGUAAGGAGGAGAAACCAAUGUGGGAGACAAGUGGUCCAAGACAACAGACAGAAAUUACUGUAUCAUUCACCCCCAGGUUCUUCCCAUCUGCUGCAAGGGAGUCAACUGCUGCUGACGAAGAGGCUUGGUUCGAAAAGAACGUCAAGGCACAGACAGUGCUAAAGGCUAAAGAUGCGGACACAAAAGAAGAUGAGAGGAAUCCUGUGUGGCUAUCUGACAAGGCUGGUGUAUUCUACAAAAUGGGAAACUUCCCUGCGGCUAUCAAUGCGUACUCGGAAGCUAUCAAGAUCUCUCCAAAACUACCUAAACUGUAUAUAAACCGGGCAUCUUGCUACAUUGUUCUGAACCUGUAUGAUGAUGCUGUUAUAGACUGCACUCGAGCGCUGGAUCUCUUAACACCUCCUGUCGAGGCUAACCGACUGUCUAGGGUGCGCACUCUGGCAAAGCGGGGCUCUGCAUUUUGUCAGCUCGGAUCUUUAAAUAGAGCUCUGGAAGACUACGAGCUAGCCUCCAAGUUAUCGCCUGACAACGAACCGAUCAAAAGAGAUCUCGAAGUUCUGCGAGCUCAGACGGGAGACAAUGCCUUAUUACAAGAACAGUCUACCAUAACUGUUUCAUGAUGAUGAAUUUGCCUAUCCCAGUUUAUCACUCCAGUUUUGAUGGCUGAUUUUUGUUCAUGUCCAUCAUUUUCAGAAAUACAAAAUCAGGUUGUAACCAUCCAUAUUUAUUAUUUAUAUGUAUACAUGUAUUUAAUUACAUAUACCACUACCGGUCACCAGUAUUUUAACGUUAUUUGUUUCAGUUAUUUGCUACUUUGAUUUGGCUACUUUGUUUCUUGAUGCGACACAACAUCGUUUUGUUUUUCACAAUAUUCGGUAACCAUGGCAACGAGUACCUGUGUACAUAUAACAUUUUGUACAUAUUCCCAAACAAUCUGUUUAUAAACGUUUCCCACUUUUCA